GCAGCACACCCUGUGUGAGCUCCCUGCGAGAGCUACGCUGCGGGAGCCUCCGUUUUGCAGUUAUAUAGGCUCUGCGGGCUGGGCUGGAAACGCCAGGAAUUCAUCAGGAAAUAGCUGCAGCUGUAGAUUUCAAGUUUUCUUGUAAUGUUUAUUAUUUAAAGAGAGUGCAGAUGAGACAUUUGUUGCAGUAUGACACACGAUUUUAGACAGACUGAGACCGGCACUGAGCUGCUUGCUAGACUUGAGGGUAGACAUUCUCUGAAAAGCCUUGAACCACGGAUUUUUGCUGGAGAAGGAUUUCCAGUUCAAGGUGACGUCAUUGAGUUCCAUGGUGCGGAAGGAACAGGGAAGACAGAGACUUUGUAUCACCUGGUGUCCCGCUGCAUACUCCCGACUGCAGCAGGAGGGCUGGAAGUGGAAGUCAUGUUUAUUGACACAGACUCCCACUUUGACAUGCUCCGGUUAGUGAGCGUCCUGGAAAAGCGUCUGCCCCAGAGCUCCGAGGAGACAGUCCGACAGUGCCUGCAGAGACUCUUCCUUGUGCACUGCAGCAGCACUGUCCAGCUGCUGCUCACACUCCACUACCUGGAGAACAUGCUCUGCACUCGCCCUGCCCUCUGCCUGCUGUUAGUGGACAGCAUCUCCGCUUUCUACUGGAUCGACAGGAACAGCGGCGGAGAGAGCCUGGCCCAGCAGGAGGCCAGUCUUAGGAAGUGCACAGAGUUUCUGGAGAAGCUGCUUAGUGACUACCAUUUAGUGCUGUUUGCAAGCACACAGGCCAUCAUGCAGGGGUGUACACUAGAGGCAUCCACAGCAGAGGCAGGCAUGCCCUGGAGGCAGAGGCCAAGCGCCAACGCCGGAUAUAGCAAGCCGUAUCUUUGUAGGUCGUGGCAGAGGAUGGUCACUCAUAAAAUGGUGUUUUCAAAAACAGACACUUUAAAAGACGACAAGCAAGUUUUCUCUAUUGUUUCCUCCCACACCAAAAGCAAAGUUACAAGGAGGUGUUCUUUUCUUAUUACAGAGGGCGGCGCGCAGUUUCUGUGACUCGGAUCUAUUCAAUAUAAAAGACUGGGGGAAGGGGAGGGGCUUGUUUAUACUGCCCAGUUUCUAUGACUCGGAUCUUUUCAAUAUGAAAGACUGGGGGAAGGGGAGGGCUGAUUUAUACUGUCCAGUUUCUGUGACUCGGAUCUAUUCAAUAUAAAAGACUGGGGGAAGGGGAGGGGCUUGUUUAUACUGCCCAGUUUCUAUGACUCAGAUCUUUUCAAUAUAAGACUGGGGGAAGGGGGGGGGCUGGUUUAUACUGUCCAGUUUCUGUGACUCGGAUCUAUUCAAUGUGAAAGACUGGGGGAAGGGGAGGGGCCUGUUUAUACUGUCCAGUUUCUGUGACUCGGAUCUAUUCAAUGUGAAAGACUGGGGGAAGGGGAGGGGCCUGUUUAUACUGUCCAGUUUCUGUGACUCAGAUCUAUUCAAUAUGAAAGACUGGGGGAAGGGGAGGGGCCUGUUUAUACUGUCCAGUUUCUGUGACUCAGAUCUAUUCAAUAUGAAAGACUGGGGGAAGGGGAGGGGCCUGUUUAUACUGCCCAGUUUCUGUGACUCAGAUCUAUUCAAUGUGAAAGACUGGGGGAAGGGGAGGGGCCUGUUUAUACUGUCCAGUUUCUGUGACUCAGAUCUAUUCAAUAUGAAAGACUGGGGGAAGGGGAGGGGCUUGUUUAUACUGCCCAGUUUCUGUGACUCUGAUCUUUUCAAUAUAAGACUGGGGGAAGGGGGGGGGGGGGUUGUUUAUGCUGGUUUUCUCUUGAAAGAGUUGCUUGUGCCAGUGACAGCCUGUUUUGUUUUUUUGUUGACUCCCCUAAUGAGUUCUGUUCGUUUAUCCUCCUUGUGAACGAUGUUUUUUUAUUAUUUCUCUACCCCCCCCCCCCCCCCCCCCAUUUAUAUACUUUCUUUGUUUGAACAAUUAGCAGCAGUUUAAAGUUAGCAAUUUAAAUAGCAAAUUCCACAGAAAAAAUAAAAACAAAGCAAAUGUGCCUCUGAAAACGCCC